CCUGACCCAAGGACCGGAGCGAACGGGAGCUCGAUGUGCAGAGAAGGAUGAAGUUGAUCGAUCGACUGCUGGACAAAUGCUUCCAACGCCACGGGGCCCUGGUGCUUAUCGUGGCUGGACUGCUGUGUCUCCAGAUUACCACUAGUGAUAGUACACCAUUAGACGAUAGCAAUAGUAAUAGUGGCAGUAUUAGUAGUAGUGAAACGCUAGAAUUAACCGCAUGUCAGCAUCUGAGGCGAGCGGAGGCGCGUCGCGCCAAGUCAUUAGGCGAUAGUCUGCUGCAAACGGUUCGGAUACCGCGCUGUACCGCGCUGGGGGACUUCGAACCGGUGCAAUGUUCCAACGAGCUUAACGGAACCGAAUGCUGGUGUGUGGACGAGUAUGGCGUGGAGAUUACGGGCAGUAGGCGUAGCCAUGCGGACGACGUCAACUGCACCCGGGUGGAUAACCACUGUCAGGCGUCCAGCUGCCGUAUGUUCUGUCCGGCCGGUUUCGCAAAGGACCUGGCGUCCGGCUGUCCUGUGUGCCGCUGCCGUGAUCCGUGCGAGGACAUUCAAUGUCCCCGGGGUCAACAAUGUGAACCGCAGGAGGUUCAGUGCAAGACCGAACCCUGUCCACCGAUUCCGACGUGUCGUAAAGCACGCAGUCUGAACGAUCUGUGUCCAGCGGGACAACCGCUAGCGAUCACCGGCACUAUUCGUCCCUUCCUGUGUGGUACAGAUCCGGGAAAACCUAGCUGCCCUCCGCUGUACCGCUGUUUGGUGCAGGGUGGUAACGAUUAUGGCGUAUGCUGUCCGGCUUCGUUGCAAUUCGAAAAGCCCGGUAGCUGCCCGCGGGCGAAUGAGAUCGAAUCGACGGACAGUACGGGGUACUUGUGCGGAACACCCUGCAGCCACGAUUUGGAAUGUCCACAGAUGCAAAAAUGCUGUCAAUCGGAUGGGUGUGGACGGAAUUGUCAACAGCCACACAAUGUCACUGUUUGCCAUCAGGCACGUAUGCUCUCGGAGUUGCUAUCGGUAAAUGAGCGCGAGGGUCGUGGUUAUGUGCCACAGUGCGAUGGUCCCGGUGGAAGCUUCUCAACGCGCCAAUGUUCCCGCAAUGGGUUGGUGUGCUGGUGCGUGGAUCCUAAAUCAGGGAACAAAGUGAAGGGAACGAUGGGAGCGGCUGCUUCCGUCAACUGUGAGGGUGUGGAGAAUAUGAUCGGAGGUCGCAGUGGAGGACGAAGUGUGGAUGGUGCUCAAACGCUCUGCGAUCAUAACAUCUGUGCGGCGGUGUGUGAGUACGGUUUCAAGAAUGAUCACAACGGAUGUCCCACGUGUGAGUGUUCGGAACCGUGUGAGGGAUACCUUUGCCCAAGCGGAUCGCACUGUGAGGUGGCUAAGGAUCCGAAGUGUGAGGCGUACUCUGGGCUUUGCUCGUCCGAGCCAGUCUGCAAGCCGGAUCUGGUGUAUUCAAACCCAUGCGAGAUCGGAACACCACUAGCAGACAACAUUACCGGUGAACUGUUGUUCUGUCAUAUGGAUCGCCCGAGGAGUCGCGAAUACCAAAGCCGUACCUUCUUCGACGAUGACGAACAGGACGAGGAGGAAAACGGCCGCAAACGCUCGCUAUCGAAUACAAUCAUCUGUCCAAUGGAGACGCAUGAAUGUCGUAAGCUUCACGGUGAAUCCCGAAGUGUCUGCUGUCCUUUGGUGACCGAAGGUGAAGACGAAGAAGUGGCCGAAGAACGUCAACAAACGAUGUGCGAAUAUUUGCGUGACUUCUCUGACCGUAUGGAGGGUACGGUGGAAGGGAUGGAAUUAGCGCUACCCCCACCAUCCUGUACCUCGGACGGAGGUUACCAGGCAAUGCAGUGCGUCACCCGCAAAACUAAGGUCAAACUAUCGGAACAGCGGAAGUAUAUCGAACAGAACAGCAUUCGUCGGAUGAGAAAACUUCUGGAAGACGCAUCGGCCGCCGGUCAUGCGCCCUCAACUACAACCACCUCCACAUCGUCGACCACUCCCGAAGUAAGUUCUGCAAAUCCACCGGUACGUGUGCGACGGGCUGCCAACCCUGGUCCUGACAGCACACUCAAACUUUUGCCAGUUAGUAGUGACGCGGAACAAAUGAUUGGUGGUGAUGGUGCCAUCGGAGGACUGUAUGCAAGCAUGCCCGGUUAUCUGGCAGUGCAGGCACGCUCGGCCAAGAUUAUCGAUUUCAACCGUCUCGAAUCAAAGAACGGUAAUGCGAAUCUUGACAAGCCGGAGAUUAAACCAUCAACGUUGCUGAAACGACCGCUCGUCGUUCCAACCCUUCCCACUCCCGUGCAGGAACAGCUGGUGGAGGUCGAAAUUGAGGAGUGCUGGUGUGUGGAUGGCUUUGGUACGGAAAUUCCCAAGACUCGGGGACUCAACGCAACUACCAAGAGCUGUGAGGCAAUCCGAGAAUCUCUCGGCUGUUUAGAUCUGACGUGCCGAAUGGGAUGCGAUUAUGGGUUUGUGUUGGACUCGGACACACAGUGUCCUUCGUGCGAGUGUCGCGAUCCGUGCGACAGUGUCAACUGUCCGGAUGGGCAAGAAUGUCGCUCCGUUGAGGUAUCUUGCGAGGGAGAGUAUUGUCCACCAGUACCGGCUUGCUUCCCCAAAAAGCCCGGUCAGUGUCCGUUCCUGGUGCCACCUGGUUCGGAGAACUCAGAAUCGGACUCGUGCGAGUACGAAUGCCGCACGGAUGCACACUGUGACGGAUCGAAACGUUGCUGUUCGAACGGUUGUGGGACGCAGUGUGUUGAGCCACAGCUAAAGACCGCUUGCCAGCAUCUGCAAACGAUUCAACUUCAUCAAGCGUCCGAGCUGGGCAUUCCCCCGAAACAGAAGUACAUUGCACAGUGCGACAUCGAUGGCAGCUUCCGGACGAUACAGUGCGGUCCGGGUAAUGUGUGCUGGUGUGUGGAUGAGUUCGGAAAUGAAAAGAGUGGAACGCGCACCAACAAUGGGCAACCGAACUGCGAGCUGUUCCCGAAAACGGAAUGUCCACUGCUCAAAUGUCGACCGUGUGAGUAUGGGUACAAGAUUGAUGCGAACGGCUGCAAGACCUGCGAAUGUCGUGAUCCAUGCGGAGAGAUCUCGUGUCCUCGCGGGGAAGAAUGUCAGCUUAUACAGGUGGAAUGCAUUUCGGUACCGUGUCCAAAGAUGCCAAUUUGCGUGCCAAUUCGAGAGUCGGUCUGUCCCGAAGGACUUCCGCUGCGUUCCAGUGGCCGUGAGAUUGUGUGUGGACCGCAAACCGAUGCGGACACGUGCCCAUCGACACACAUCUGCCAACUGAACCCGAUCAGCAACCGUGGAGUUUGCUGUGGCAAGACAAGGGACGUUUGCUUUGAGUCGAUCGAUCAGAGCUGCCUCCAGGUGGCGGAACCGGGAGCAGAAAGUAACGAGUUGGACAGCAUCACACGAUGGCGCUUCAGCCCUCGGUUGAACAAAUGCGUCCCAGUAACCCUCCCGCGCGGAGUAUUCUGCCAGUCGAAGAAUCUCUUCCACAGCGAACAGGCCUGUAACGGUGUUUGUCCGGUACUGUCCCAAUGCGAACGGCUUCGUCUGAAGAACGCGAUGGCUGCAAAACGAGCUGGACAACCAAACACCUGGUUCCAGCCACGCUGUGAUCCGGAAACUGGCUUCUGGAGUCCUGUGCAGUGUUUGGGAUCGAUGGGAGCUACAACGGCCGAGGUUAGCGCAACAAAUGGAACCAGUCAACAACAACCGAACAUGGAUGCGCCAGCCGCCGUUGGAGUAUGCUGGUGUGCAGACAAGAAGGGGGCUCCGGUGAAGGGCUCGCUGACGAAAGGCUCCGAACCGAAGUGUAGCAGUCGACAGGCACGUCGUCGUGGUGACUCGAUUGAAACGUCCUCCACCGAUCCAGUGAUGGAAGAACUGAUCCGACAGAUCACGUUCCUGGUGGACGAAAACAACUAUCUAGCGGAUGAGGAACUAGAACCAGUGCAGCCAGUAUCUGUCGCCAGUGCCAACUAUGCUCCAGAACCACGGUACAUUGGAUCGGUCUCAUCUGCGACGGAGAAGGUCAUCGAGCUGGCACGCACCGCCGAAAGUCGAAAUUAUAUCAGUGACAACGGUGCCGAACCGAUCGCAAAACGACUCAGUGCUUCGGCCACACGAUGCCAAGCGCUACAAAUGGCUGCCUCCUUCCCGGUGGCCUGUGAUACGGUCGGAUCAUUCGAACCGAUGCAAUGCAACGGUGAUACGUGUUGGUGUGUUGAUGCGGCCGGUAAUCAGCUACCCCUAUCGAGCACCUUCAAGCGUGGCCAACGAUCUUGUCUUUUCACACCGAUCGACGUGGUUGAGAUCGAAUUGCGACUAAACAACAUUCAUCCGCAGCGUCCACUACUGCAUGUGUAUGAAACGCUUCGGACGGAACUGUCCAUGCUCAUAGGCAGCAUUUAUGACAACUAUCGGGUGCAGGAAAGUGCCGAUGGCAGCGUCACACUGAGGUUCGAUCUGAUCGAAAGCACCAAGGUGGACGAUGCGUAUGCCAUCGAAGAAAUGGUACGCGAUGGAUCGUUUGCACUGUAUCAUGGGCAGCUUGUAGCGGACAUGACACAGUCUCGAUUUGCCCAUCGCAUCUCGGUCGGUGUUCCACUGGCACAGCCAUCGUCCGGCAUUCCGGAAAACACCUUCCAGACGAUCGUGUUCGUCCUGGCAACGGCUUCCGCCUUCCUGGUCGCCAUCUUUGUCGUGUUUGUGAUGCUGAAGCGUGGCCGUAGCAACAAGACGAAGCAUUACACGAACGGGGACAAAAUAUUCGCCAUCGGUGCGGACAAGUACGUUGACUACAGCUCCCCGAUCUUUGUGCUCAGUGCCAACGAUAGUAAAUCAAUCCAGCAGCAACAGGAUCGUUCCGAUUAG